CUCAGACUCCCGGGACCACAAGCGCGCAGCCCCCUAUCUGCACGUCGCCUUCCUCCUGCAGUUUCCCACCGGCCGCCAAAGUAACUUGGAGGGAAGCGGGGCGCAGUGCGAGGGCCCCGGGCGGCGGCGGAGCCUUGCGUAGUCCGCUGCGCCGACGCUGAGCCGGGCCCGGAGGGCCGGUGUAUGUCUCCCCGCGGCUGCGGCGCGAAACUCCCGGUGACUGUGCAGCGCGCGCCGCCGCCUGCCCCGACCCGAGCUGCAGCCGCCCGGACCGGCGCGCACCUCCCUCUCCCGGGGUGACUGGCCUGCCGCCGCCGCCCGAGACACAGCUUGGCACCUCUUCCCCCGCCCUCGCCGCCGCCACCACACACACGCACGCUUCUCUCCAUCUUGUGAUUCCUUUUUCUUCCUGAACCCUCCAGUGGGGGUGCGAGUUUGUCUUUAUCCCCCCCCACCACACCGCCGUCUUUUCUUCUCGCUCUCCCACCCCUCCCCAGCUUGGUGGGCACCUCUUUCCUUUCUUGCCCCCCUUCAUUUUUAUUUAUUCAUAUUUAUUUGGCGCCCGCUCUCUCUCUGUCCCUUUGCCUCCCUCCCUCCGGAUCCCUGCUUUCUCCCCGGAGUGGCGCGUCGGGGGCUCCGCCGCUGGCCAGGCGUGAUGUUGCACGUGGAGAUGUUGACGCUGGUGUUUCUGGUGCUCUGGAUGUGUGUGUUCAGCCAGGAUCCGGGCUCCAAGACCGUCGCCGACCGCUACGCUGUCUACUGGAACAGCAGCAACCCCAGAUUCCAGAGGGGUGACUACCACAUUGAUGUCUGUAUCAAUGACUACCUGGACGUUUUCUGCCCUCACUAUGAGGACUCCGUCCCAGAAGAUAAGACUGAGCGCUAUGUCCUCUACAUGGUGAACUUUGAUGGCUACAGUGCCUGCGACCACACUUCCAAAGGGUUCAAGAGAUGGGAAUGUAACCGGCCUCACUCUCCAAAUGGACCGCUGAAGUUCUCUGAAAAAUUCCAGCUCUUCACUCCCUUUUCUCUAGGAUUUGAAUUCAGGCCAGGCCGAGAAUAUUUCUACAUCUCCUCUGCAAUCCCAGAUAAUGGAAGAAGGUCCUGUCUAAAGCUCAAAGUCUUUGUGAGACCGACAAAUAGCUGUAUGAAAACUAUAGGUGUUCAUGAUCGUGUUUUCGAUGUUAACGACAAAGUAGAAAAUUCAUUAGAACCAGCAGAUGACACCGUACAUGAGUCAGCCGAGCCAUCCCGCGGCGAGAACGCGGCACAAACACCAAGGAUACCCAGCCGCCUUUUGGCAAUCCUACUGUUCCUCCUGGCGAUGCUUUUGACAUUAUAGCACAGUCUCCUCCCGUCACUUGUCACAGAAAACAUCAGGGUCUUGGAACACCAGAGAUCCACCUAACUGCUCAUCCUAAGAAGGGACUUGUUAUUGGGUUUUGGCAGAUAUCAGAUUUUUGUUUUCUUUCUUUCAGCCUGAAUUCUAAGCAACAACUUGGGGCUGGGGGCCUAAACUUGUUCCUGCCUCCCUCACCCCACCCCACCCCCAGCCCUGGCCCCUGACUUCUCUCGCCCCUCCCAAAUUAAAUGGACUCCAGAUGAAAAUGCCAAAUUGUCGUAGUGACACCAGUGGUUCGUCAGCUCCUGUGCAUUCUCCUCUAAGAACUCACCUCCGUUAGCGCACUGUGUCAGCGGUCUAUGGACAAGGAAGAGUAGUGACAGAUGCAGCCAGCGCUGGCUAGGCCCGGGAGGGUUUUGCUCUCCUAUACAAUAUUUAUGCCUUCUCAUUCAGAACUGUAAGAUGAUCGUGCAGGGCAUCAUGUCACCAUGUCAGGUCCAGAGGGGAGGUAUUAAGAAUAGAUAUAAUAUUACACCAUUUCCUAUAGGAGUGUAUAAAUGAACUGGCUUCUAAAAGGUUGAGACACUGGGUUUUUUUUAAUAUGACUGUCUUAAAGCAUUCUUGACAGCAAAACUUGUGCUCUCUAAAAGAAGCCUUUUUUUUUUUCUAGGAGGCAGGUUGGGUGUGGAAUGCUAAUACAGAGCAGGUGUGAAAACAGAGAAAACUACAGGUUUGCUGGGGGUGUGUAUGUGUGAGUGCCUCUAAUUUUUUUGGUGACUGGGCAGUGCACACCAGAUAUUUUUUCUUUGAAUACAGAUCACCAUGGUGCUACAACUUUUUUUUUUUUUUUUUUAGAAACUCAAAGAGGCAUUUUUAUGAAUAAAGUGACCUUCCCUAAGGCUGACAAGCCAGGGUUGAUGAGUGCAUAGUGGAAUAGCUUUGGAUGCUCCUCUGGGGGAUGACGUAUACCAAGGAGAGGACCGCAGUGGCCAGAGGAGACAUGAUUUGGCUUUGCUGGAGCGCCAGUGUGCUGUGGCCUUUCCCCGCCUCCCACCCUAGUACCCACGUUUUGCUCCACACUCCAUGACUGCAGGGGCUCGGACACAAACCCCUGUCACCAGGAGAGUCAGUCAGCACGACUUGGGAGGGCUAAAGGGAAAUUUGGAAAUAAAAUUCCAAAGUUUGGAGUAAAAAAAUUCAAGUGUUGAUUUUAUAUUCUUUCCCUUUCUGGCACAGCCUAAAGCAUAGGGGGAACAUGUGUUUAUCUGCGGGAGAUAAACAAGAUGGAGUCCCAAAGACUUUAACAAAAUAUUUUUUUAAAAAUCCACUAGAAUAGAAAAUACAUUAUUUAGAUAUACUUUAUGCUGAGAGUGAGUAUAUAUGCUUGUCCUAUUUAAACUUGUGAGAAAAAGUGGUAUCCCUUGAUACAUUUAGAAAUAUGGGGGCUAUCUUGUUUCAUUGUGGGGGUGGGGCAGAAGGAGAAUAAAUGCAGGAUGACCCUGUUGAAGGAAUCUUAGCAUGGCCAACAGGGGACAUUUCCAGUCGAUUACCAGGAAAUGCAAGCCUCGGGGUUUCUACUGGUGGUGGGGCUGUCAUGAACUUCAAAAUCCAAAGCCUAGACAGGGAAAAGUGUUAGACCAAUGGAAAAGGAAUCCAACCUUUUUUUUUUUUUUUUUUUUGGCUAUUGCACGACAUGCCAACAGAAACCAUGCCUUUCAAAGUAAGAAAUGUGAUGAUCAUGUAAAAUGUGAAAAAUUGAAAGCAUUCCAGCAAAGUAAGAAUUUUUUAUAUCUUUGUUUUUUAAGAUGUAUGUGUAAAAAAAAAGAGAAGGUCACGUUAUGGACAGACCUCGUGAAUGGGAAUUUGCUUAGAAUUGUGAGUAGUUCUGAAUUAGAAAAGUAUGUGAAUGAAAGGCAGCUGUAAAUGUAUUGCACCCUGGAGAGUUGUACACAUGUUGAAAUGUAAUCUGGGCUUACCUGAUCCAUUUGGAGUGGAUGUCACUGCCGAAUCUGUUCUCACAUGGAACCAUGUGCGUGGGGUUGCCAGCCUCACAGAUACAAUCAAUCCUAUUCCCCCCUGACAUCAGGAACUCCUCCGGAGUGGCAGAGUCUUAUCACAGAAGGCAGCCACCAUUUCACUGAAACAAAAGUUCACGGCAUUCAAUUCCUUUUUCCCUUAACUAUUUAUAUACUUAGUACUCUCAGUGAUAUUCAGAAAUACUUUUUUUUUAAAUAAUUAAUAGUUACAGGCUUGUUGGUCCAGUGGGAUUUGGGUAGGGGGAGAAAGAUACCUUCUAAAAUGAAUCAGUACAACCAAAAUAAUACUGCAUGUUCUAUAACCACAAGGAAAUCAAAUGAUUCUGUAAUGAUUCCAGUUAGUCAUAACUACGUUAGUAGUGCUAAAUUCAAUUUAGAAAUGGUGACUUCUGUGGUUUUCCUAGCAUUUGUCUCUAACAAAUGGUGAAAUAAUUACUUAUGGCCCUCUCUGCCAUUGUCUUUCAUUUUUUCACAGUGAAAUUCGACCCCUUUACUUCACCAUUCUGCCACUGCAAAUUAAGUAUAAAGAAAAUAGCAAGACUAUCCACACCAGUAGACAGUAUGCUUCUCUACUUGUAAGUGACGUAAUCAUAGCUAAUGCACUUGCCAUGGAGUUUUCAAGAUGAUUGGUGUCAGACAGUUUUCAUUUUGUUUAAAAAGUGUUGGUGGCCUUUUGUGGUGUUGUUACAAUCCUCUGGGGGCUUAGGAGGAUGUUGAUGCAACUUUGUAGAUGCUUUUAAUUUCAAAAACAACUCAAAAGUCUGAAAGGCAGUCAUAGCUGCCACUCAGCCCCAGUUAGUCAAACCCCAGUGACCUUUGCCCCUGGUUGCCAAGGGCUUUGCAACAUGAAGCAGGGAAAUAAGGAUCUGUCUGUUUAGUGGAUACCGUGUAUCCUUUAAUAGACCAGGUAACAGUUCGUGUUAGUUUAGACUAUUGUUUUGUACUGUACUUUCUUGGGUGGCAGAGGAAAGAAAAGUAAAACAUUAAAAAAAAAAAAAAAAAAAAACUGCGUUCUUUAAAUUCUGUAUUAUUAGCAACCUCUGUUGUAUAUAGUGUUUGAUAAUAAAGUAUUAAUUUGAUUCUUAUGUCUUUUGUAAGUGAGAACAAUAGACUUUCAGGAUACAAAACAUGCAUUGAGGCUUUGAAACAUCCAAUGUGUACCAUGGCUGAAAACAAGAGUCACAAGUGGCUGAGACACUGCUCCAUACAGGACUCAUGUGUGGCCAUUGCCCACUCAAUCUUAUGACUCCAUCAUCUCGGGACCUGGAACAACAUGACUUUUUUGAUCAAUAUUUUGUCCUCAGUGUUUUCAAGGUCUGAUGUUGGAGCCCUGUGGCCCACCCUCCUUUCUCCACCAGCAUGUUGGUUUGAAAAGGAUAGGGAAUUUAGAAAUGGUUCUGUACUUUGGUUUGGUUUGGUUUUCUGUGUGUGAUUGUUUUCAUGGACUGUUUUAUUUUUUCCCAGGAAGAGUCUUUAUCGAUAUCAUGUGCAGCUCACUCAUGGAAAUGGUUGCAAACCAAUCAGUGUAGGAAGGUUCAAUGGGGCUGUUUCCCUCUCCGUGUCGUUGUGAAAGGAAGAGUCACACAGUACCUGUGGAUUUUCAGGGACUCUGUUUUUCUCCGGUGCCUUAGCAACGGCAGCAGCCAUUUGUAUUAGUUUCAAAUAAUUAGAAAAACAGUUUUCAACUCCUCCUUUCCAUUCAUUGCUCUCAGAGUUGUGGUCACUGACUUUUCUUUUGAAAACCACCUCCACCAACACCCCCGUUUGCCUACACCACCCCCCUUUUACUUUAUAUGUUUAGUUUAUUUUUUUGUCUCUCGCCUUCCUCCCACAUUUUAUUUCCCUUCAGAGCCGUGAAUGGUCAGGUCUGUGUCUGGUUUGGCAUCACUGAGUUUUUCCCAUGCAUUGGCCCCAGGGCUGCUAGGAUGUGAGACAAAUCUCCCUACAAUGGGCUUGCUCCCAUUGUCUGUACAGUUUAAUAGAUGCUGGCAUGUCGGAGGUUACCCAUGAGUCAAAAUCCGCUUUCCAUGCUUACUCUUGACACCCCAUUGAAGCCACUCAUUGUGUGUGCGUCUGGGUGUGAAGUCCAGCUCCGUGUGGUCCUGUGCUUGUACUGCCCUGCUUUGCAGUUCCUUUGCACUUACUCAUCGAGUGCUGUUUUGAAAUGCUGACAUUAUAUAAACGUUAAAGAAAAUGUAAAAAAAAAAAAAAAAAAAAAAGAAAUACCCACACACAAACAAACCCAUACGAUCUGUAUUUGUAUAUACACGUGUCCGUACAAGUAUACCUAAAUAAAAAUUAAAGAUUUUCAUCAUUUUAA